AUGUCGACUCCUAUAAAGGAGGUGCCUGCUCCGGCAUACCCGGAGCCCGAAGGUAGAGGUAGAUCGGGAAGCGAUUCUUCUCCGACCACCGACGAAGGCACUUACGUCCAUGACGGCUCGCGGCCGCCGCGCAAUGAGGACCAUCCCCAGCACCUUGAAGUUGAUACCACGUUUCAAGAUUUCAACAAGCAGAGUCGCUCGCCGUCGGCAGCUCGGGAGCAGCGCAAGCGACUCGAAGAUGAGUUGGCGGUUCUUGAGGCGGAGAGAAUGGUCUCACGCUCCACUCAUGAAGGCGAGAAGGAUAAUCGAAGUGGCAGUGGUCACUCUUUGGCCCGCUCGCGCUCGCGCAGACCUGAAGACAUUGAUGAAUUUGACGAGGCCACAAAUCCAUUACAUGAGAAGGCCGCUGUCUACAAUCCGCCGGAGAACCCCGCCACCGGUGUUGCCAGGUUCAUUAAGAAAGUACACGAAUCAAGCUUCAUUGUUCGCUAUUUUACCUACAUUGUCCCUGUCGUUUUGCUGCUGCUCAUUCCGUUGCUCGUUGGUGCACUAGCGUUCCCAAACGCAAGUGUUGGUGGUGUUGAACUUCUGUGGUUCUCAGUCUGGUUGGAAAUCGUUUGGUUGACACUCUGGGCGGGACGAAUUGUUGCUAAGCUCUUGCCGAGCCCUAUCAACUUGUUUGCGAGCAUUUUCACCAACAGCUCAAAAAAAUGGCGCGAUGUGGCAAUACAGUUAGAGCUACCUGUUACCCUCUUCCUCUGGUGGCUCGGUAUAGAAAUCUCUUUUUUGCCUACCAUGAAAAACCACCACGUCGAUGGGAAUUCUAGCACGCGAAGUUGGGAAAACACCCUUAAUAAAAUUAUUAUUUCCAUUUUCGUUUGGGUGAUCCUGAACCUUGUCGAAAAGUUCAUUCUUCAGCUCAUCGCCAUGAACUUUCACAAGCGUACAUAUUCGGAUCGCAUUGAGAUCAACAAGUUCCAGAUCGGCAGUCUGACGAAGUUGUACGCGUUUUCUCGCGACAAGAUCACUGAGACGGACGAGGCUUUUGAAGAAAAACAGGACAGCUCUGGAAGUGGCAGCAAGACUCCAUUACGCUAUGCGGGAAAGGCCAAAGGGCUUGCUGUAGGCGCUCUGAACAGGGUCGGGGAUGUUGCUGGGGCAGUUGCAGCGGACUUUACUGGUCGAAAGGUUAACAAUAGCAGCCAUCCUUCCCAAGUUGUCAUUGCUCUUUUGAGAACAACACCCGGCUGUCAAACCCUAGCGCGUCGGCUCUACCGGACCUUUGUCCGCGAAGGGUUUGACACCGUGUUUCCUGGAGAUCUAAAGGAGGCGUUCGACGAUAAUGAUGAGGCUGAGGCCGCGUUUACUAUGUUUGACAAGGAUAUGAACGGCGACAUUUCCAUGGAGGAACUGGAGGCAGUCUGCGUGGAGAUUGGUCGAGAACGCAAGGCCAUUACUGCAUCUUUGAAGGAUCUUGAUUCGGUCGUCUCUAGACUCGGCAAUGUUUUCGAGUUCUUUGUUGCUGUGGUCUCUAUCAUCGUUUUUCUGACCCUUAUUUCGACCUCUGCUGCUGGUGUACUUACAUCAGCCGGGUCUAGUAUCCUCGCCCUGUCUUGGCUCUUCUCUGCUACGGCUCAAGAGUUCCUUCAGUCUGUGGUCUUUGUAUUUGUCAAACACCCGUUCGAUGUUGGUGACCGCGUGACUAUUUACGGUAACGCCGGUGAUGCUGGUCUUGGUGAUGAUUACUACGUGAAGCAGAUUUCUCUUCUCUACACGGAAUUCAAGAAAAUGCAAGGCCACAUUGUCCAAGCUCCGAACAGCUAUCUGAACACAUUGUUCGUUCUCAACCAGCGACGAUCUGGAGCACUUGCGGAGGCCAUUCCUAUCGUUAUUAAAUACGGCACAACUCUUGAACAAAUGGACUCGCUUCGCCAGCGUCUGAUUGAAUUUGUUCGCAGCGAGCGACGUGAAUUCCAAAGUAAUAUUCUGACCGAGCUUCGUUCAGUGACCGAGAACUUCUCCGUGACACUUAACGUUGUUUUCUUCUACAAGUCAAAUUGGCAGAAUGAAGGUCUACGCCUACAGCGCCGCAACAAGUUCAUUUGUAUGCUCAUGGUUGCGUUGCAAGAAAUCGGCAUUGAGGGCCCACGCAUGAACCUCCAGGGUGCGAGCAUCGAUAUUCCGUAUCAUAUCGCCGGUUAUCCCCCGCCAUACCAGGCCCAAGCUCAAGAUCACUCAGCCAACGACGACGGUCAACAUCCACCAGCUACCGCGUUAGCCGACGAGCAGCACCCUCACCCUGGCUCCAGCCCCGCCGCCCGCCGCACAUCCAUUCUCCGCAAGGGCAUGACUACCGCCAACGCCCGAGCUCGCGGCCAGUCUAUAUCCUCGCGAAAGCACGUGGAUUUCUCGCUUGGUAUGCGCGAUGUGUCCGCAGAAGAUGUUAUGGGUGAUGUGUUUGAAGCACGUAGCCCCACAGCUGAAACUGCAGUCCGGCAGGUGAUCGCGGAGCGCCGACUCCAGGAGGAAGAGGCUGAGCGACGAAGCACGGAUUCUGCUCGCCAAAGAGCGACAGCCUCUCGGUCUAACCUAAACGUCCCGUCGCAGGCUACCGAAGGCCGUCGCUCAACCGAGUCCCAGUUGUCCUCGAUGAGUCGCAACGGAUUCUUCCGCCAUCGCUCCCAGAGCACCCGCCAGGAAGAUUUAAUGGAACAGGGUCGUUCUGCCGCACAAGGUUCUUCCUCGGCAGCCAACAUUCGUCCCGUUCCAUCUUCUGAUGAUCAUCCAGAAGAGAAGAGACUAUGA